UCUCUCUCUCUCUCCCCCAAUUAUUAUUAUUUUUCUUCGCUUUUAAAAGAAAAAUCUCUCCUUACGCCCAAAACAAAAAUCUACUGUAUAAAGAAAACCAAGAUUUCCUCGUUCUCCUCCCUUCUGACUUCUGAGCUCAAGCCUUUUCCUUCCAUGGCAACAAUCUACGUAGUGAUUAUUUAGCCUAUUGGUCCCGUACCCUUUAUGGAUCUUGGUGUUCGGUUUCAAGGGUCGGUGUCGGGCCAUGAAAACGGAGCUCCGACUCAGUCGGAACCUGGAUCUGGGUUUGCCAAGCAAGACAGAUCCGGGUUCGACGGCGAGGAUUAUUGGCGAAGCCCGAAGCUUGCGAGAACCGAAGACUUUUUGGGCUGCAAAACGUUGUCGUUUCAUCAGGGCGUUCCCCUCCUGAGAUCUACCUCGCUGGUUUCCUCUGAUCCCCGCCGGCAAGAGCACAUGCUCAGCUUCUCUUCUUCUGAUAAAUCCGAAGCUCCGGAAUUCAAUAAAGAUGGCGGCUUGGACAAUAGGAUCUCUGUCUCUCCGUAUCUUCAGCAGUUUGCCUCCUCUUAUAGUAGAGAUGCAGGAUAUGGCGCAGGAGGAGGUGUGAUGAACACAAACAUGCAUGGGAAUUCCACAGGGGUUAGAGGACCUUUCACAUUGACGCAGUGGGCAGAGUUAGAGCAACAGGCUUUGAUCUACAAGUACAUCACAGCUAAUGUCCCCGUUCCUUCUAGUUUGCUUCUCCCCCUCAAGAAGUCCUUUUACCCCUACGCCCUUGGUUCCUUUCCUCCCAAUUCCUUCGGAUGGGGAGGCGCUUUCCAUCUCGGUUUCUCAGGCGGCAGCAUGGAUCCUGAGCCAGGGAGAUGCCGAAGGACGGAUGGGAAGAAAUGGCGGUGCUCGAGGGACGCUGUCCCGGACCAAAAGUACUGUGAGAGACACAUAAACCGAGGCCGCCAUCGUUCAAGAAAGCAUGUGGAAGGCCAUUCUGGCCACACUCCUGCUGCUGGUUCCACCGCCGCUUCCAAGGUGGUGACACCAAAGCCAUCAUCUGAUGUGGUGGCUCUUGCAUCAGACUCCCUUUCUAUUGGAGGCCAUUCCAAUCCUUCUCCUGAUUCUUUUCCUAACAGAGUUCAAAAUUUGCGGGGAGUAUCGUCUGUGUUUCCUUCGACGAUGAGCUUGCAACCCAAGGAACCACCUUUGGCUCAUCAAAAACAGGAAAACCCUUUUGAAUUUGGGAUAAUCUCCUCUGAUUCCCUCCUGAAUCCGCCGCAGAAAUCUUCCUACAUGAACUCUGCUGAAAGCAUUGGCUCUGACAUGGACUUUAGCAGCCAAGAAAAACAUCCCAGCGAUCCAAACAUUGUCUCAUGGCCCAGAGAGCUGAAAUCGGAUUGGACUCAGCUUUCAAUGUCCAUCCCUAUGGCUUCCACAGAGUUAGAAUCGUCCGCUCAAGACAAACUCGCGCUGUCGCCUCUAAGGUUGACCCGUGAGUUUGACCCGACAAUCCAGAUGGGUUUAGGCGUCAACACGGGGAUUCUUGAACAGGCCAAGAAGGCGAAGAAUUGGAUACCAGUCUCGUGGGGAAGUUCAUUGGGCGGUCCGCUCGGGGAAAUGCUGAACAGCCCGAAGUUGGGAUCUUCCCCGACAGGAGUGUUGCAGAAGUCCACGUUCUGUUCUCUCUCCAACGGCAGCUCCGGCAGCAGCCCUGUGAACAAGAAUGGCGCAGGAGUCGGCCUGUGCGAGGAUUUGCUCGGCCCCACUCUGCUGAGUUCCUCCUCAGCCCCAUCUAUGUAAUGACGAGACAGCAAGUAAGCAAACCGCCAUGGCCAUGAUGGUGGAAGUUUCUGUUCUUCCUGUAUUUGUAAACUAAGGGAGAGAGGAGAGGAGACAAUGGGCUCUGUAAUGUUUUGUUCGUUCUGCAUCUUUCUAACGUUUCCAAUUUUCCAAAUCCAUGGAUUUGUGGGGGUAUGAACAUGUUAUCACGUGUAUUCGUGCCAUCACCUGAUUUUGCUGUCUUUAAAGCCUUCUACUUGUUGGUA